AUGGCCUCUAUUAUUACUCCAGGUUUGAAAGACGGUAGCAAACCAGAUUUGAUUUCUAUCAUAAAUGGCUUUGAAGGCGAUGUGUAUGAUGCUGUUUUUCUUGCCAAGGAGAAUUACAUUUUGAGCAGUUCGGAUGACAGAGCAUUACGUCUAUGGGUAAUGCGUGAUAGUGGAAGGUAUUGGCCUUCUGUUGAGAAAGCUCUACCAAGCCCCGCUGUUAUAAUAUUGUUUGACAAACACACGAAUCGGGUUUGCACAGGAUUGGCAAAUGGGACUAUAUCUGAUUUUACGCUGAGUGCGGAUUAUAAUAGCAUCAAUCACACUCGGGACAUUUUGGCCCAUGUUGAUCGAAUUACUGGGCUAUUAUGGAUUCGCGAGCUGAAGGUCAUCUUUUCAACCUCAAAAGACCAAACUACUAGUUGGUUCAGUGAUGAAAAUGGUCAGCAAUUGGGAUCUUUUAAUGUUGAAGCUGCUGGAACCUGCCUUCAGUUCGAUGUGGCUACAAACUGCUUGUUCAUAGGAGAUGCUAAUGGACGCAUCACUCUCCUUAGCUUUGCCAAGUCGCGUGACCUCUCUUCGUACGAGUUCAUCCGUCAGCUCCACGGUCACACUAAAUGUGUGACUUCCAUGUGCUGGGAUGGUGUGACUUCGCGUCUGAUUUCUUCAUCUGCUGACAACUCUGUUAUCCUGUGGGACAUUGGGGGUGGCAAAGGAACAGCUUUCGAGCUCCAGGGUCAUAGAAGCACCGUCACCUCAACUAAGUGGUGGCACAAACCGGUUCUCGGGAAUGCUGUGACUAACAGCGGUGAUAAUGCAAAUAGUUCCCGUUCAGUUGCAUCCAACGUCGCCACCUACGUCAUCUCCACGGGUCUAGAUGGUCUUGUUUUCUUCUGGCUUAUUGACGGUGAAAGCGCUCAUGGUCGCCGCGUUAGACGUCAGGAGACGCCCAACUGGACUGAGUCUGAUCUCUGCCAGCUUUGCUCAGCCCCAUUUUUCUGGAACAUUAAGAAGAUGUGGACCGACAUGUCAGUUGGUGUUCGACAGCAUCAUUGUCGCCGAUGUGGAAAAGCCGUGUGCGAAAAGUGCUCUUUGAACCGCUCUGUCUACCCGGUGAUGGGCUUUGAACGCGAAGUCCGCAUGUGCAAUGAGUGCUUUAAGGCUAUUUCUGCAGAAGAUCUUACCAGUUUGGCGCAUUACUUUGAUGCCCGCCAUCCCAUCGUACGCCAGCACCUUCUGGGCGAUUUGAACUUCAUGCUCACCAUUGGGAAGAAUAAGGAAGUUAAGGUCUGGGAUCUGAAGUCAUUCCUGUGA